AUGUCCUCCAGGCUCGCCAAAGAAUAUAAGAAUGUUGCCAAGACGUUGAGAGCCGACCAGUCAUUUUCCCACGUUUUAUCGUUAGGUCCGUGCUCAGACGACAAUCUAACGCACUGGGACGCACAGAUCAUGGGACCCGCUGAUACUUGUUACAGCGGCUACAAAUUCACUCUCCGCAUUCAAGUAACAGACAGAUACCCUCUGGAGCCACCCAAGAUCCGAUUCGCUCCCUUCUCAAUUCCUCAUUGCAACAUAGAUUUCGAUUCGGGACGCAUCUGCUUAACGCUACUAGAGCAAGAGCACUGGUCGCCCGCGUGGGACCUUCUACACUGUGUGCAGGCGAUCUGGCUCCUGCUUGCCAACCCUGAACCAGAUUCGCCGCUCGACGUUGAUCUGGCCUGCCUCCUUCGAGCUAAGGAUUAUUCAGCUCACGAUGCGCUGGUAUGCUACUAUCUUAAUGGAGGAUCACAUGGCUCAAGGUCAAACUAA